GAAUCCAUGAGUCCAACCACUCAAGCCCAUCGAAGUUGCUCAAAGUCCAAAUUUCAGAUUCAGUUUCCUUCUUUUCUAUCCAUCUCUUCUUUUUCCUUAACUCAGAAGAGAGAGAAAGAGAGAGAGGUCGUGAGUCAACUGCGAACAGCAAAAAAAUCACUCGUUCACCAUAGUUUCUAGUAGAAUCUCAAAUUUUGUGGAAUUAAUAAAAAUGGGAGAAGAAGAUGAAGGUGUUGAUGCGCAAAAGAUGAAAAGAAUCGCAGCAGCUUCAUACGAUUAUGAGAGAGAUCCCAGAUGGGCUGAUUAUUGGUCCAACAUUCUCAUCCCCCCUAAUAUGGCUUCGCGUUCUGAUGUUGUUGAUCAUUUCAAGCGCAAAUUCUACCAGCGUUACAUUGACCCUGGUCUUAUUGUUGAGCCAAUGUCUUCAACUGGUUCCUCUCAGCCAGUGAAACCAUCAUCUUCAUCAUCAGCAUCAACACCUACAAGCGAUCAAGUGAGAUCUCGUAGCUCUGGCACUAGUACUAGAACCUCUGGAUCUGGAACAUCAACAACUCCCAGUCCUGGUCCAGCUCCAACUGCAAUGCGCUGGGAUAAGCAAACCAUACAAUUUUCUGUGAAUGCCUGGGUGUUUGUCUUAGCCUUACUUUCAACCCUUCCCCUUAUUCCUGCAAAUCUUUCAAACAGGGCUUAUCGCCUAUCUUUACUGGGCACUGCAUGUUCGUCAUUAUAUUCUUUGUACUCACUAUAUGGGACCCCCAGGGCAUGGAAUAUGCAGGCUGUUCAAAUGUGGUUGCAGUCAAUACUUGCAACGAAGGACUUUAUUUACUUCAUUUACUCCCUCAUGUUUGUUACAUCAAAUUAUUGCCUCCGGUUUGCUUUAAUUCCCAUUCUCUGCCGAUCGCUAGAACAUGUUGCCAAGUUUCUCAGGCGUAAUUUCAGCAGUUCUACUUUAUACAGAAAAUACUUGGAAGAGCUUUGCGUAUGGGUGGAAUCUAAUGUAACCACCCUCAGCAUAUUGUCCUCACAUGCUGAGGUUGGACUUGGUUUCCUUCUCAUCAUCUCCUUAUUCACAUGGCAGCGCAACUUCAUCCAAAUUUUCAUGUACUGGCAGCUGUUGAAGCUCAUGUAUCAUGCCCCUGUUACCGCUGGUUAUCACCAAAGUGUAUGGACUAAGAUAGGAAGGAGCGUCUCCCCUGCCAUUCAUCGCUAUGCUCCAUUCCUUGACACGCCCAUUUCUGUCAUUCAAAGAUGGUGGCUCAGGUAGACCUGAUGAUUGUUGAUAGUAUAUCGUCUAAAGAUUUCAAGUUCUUCCAGAGGCUUGAUGACAUGCAAGGAUGAGGAUUGAAGGAGCCAACCUAGUUAAAUGGUGUGGAGGAUUUUUUUUUUUUUUAAUUUGAGGGAUCAAUGGCAGAAUUUCUCUUUCUUAACACUACAGUAUCCUACCUUGAUGGCUUGACUGACUUUAGAUACUAUUUUUGGGUAAGUUUUGGAAUACGAGUACUAGUCUUUGAUGAGAAAUUUAACAUACAGAAUAGUCUUGAGAUUUUACGACAUUGAUUGAAGCAAUUUGUUGGUUUCACCUUGCAUUAAUUUUGUGUAACCUACAUGUUUCUACGAUGGCUGUAAAGUCUCAACAGAAAAAAAUAGUUGAGGUUA